ACAGGCAAGAGAAAGCUGACGGUUGACUGAAGUCAAUGCAGCUGUACCAGAAGUGAGAGAGAGAGAGAGAGCGGGAACAGUGAAGGAAGGAGGCCGGCAGCAGUGUGAGAGAGAGCAGUAGUCUAAAAGGGGGGAGCCUGCCUGGCUGACAAGAACACCUUUCAGUCACUCACUUUCAAUGGGCAGUCCACUCUGCAGGAGCUGAGCGUUGGGUUUGGAGGUACGGCUUCCUUCAUCUGUUGGGUAUGCACACUGAGAGAAAAGACUGGAGAGAGAGAGCACAAAUACACUCAGUGUCUGUGUGUGGGUGGUCAUUUUGCCUCAUGCCCACACACUGCUGCUGCUAGGUACCAGAAGCUAUAGAUAAAUCCAUAAAGGCUUCUCCCUACAAUUGGUUGGACGAGUUCAACGACCACAAGACAGAACACAUUAGUGCGCCUGGUGUGACUCAAACUGGAUUAAAGUCCGUUCUCACGCUUUGAUCUACACAACUGAAAUGGAGAGCGACAGCGCGCUGAAGCGGCAGCGGCUUCGCACGGAGAGCUACGAGCGAAAGCUGGAGCACCGGGCGGCCAUACACGAGUGCCUUCGAGACCGCAACAACGUGACCACCUGUCGAAGCCCGGGCACGCCGCAGGAGUCGGAGUGGAAGAGCAGCAUGCGGAAAAAGCGGCAACGGGAGUUUCAGAAGAGGAGGCAAAUAAGCAAUGAGGCCACGAGUCUUGUCGCCAAUGCUACGAGCCCGGCCAUCGGUAAAGACAAGGGUCCGAAAGAAAAAGUGACCCUGAGGGGAAACAGGCGGAAAGUGCCGCUAAUCCACAGACAGUCACUGGUGACGUCAGAUGACUUGGGCAUCACCUGGCCAGACGUCAGUGCACUUGCACAGGCAUCUUGGAUGUCACAGGCAAACAUGGAUCAAGAAGAUGAGUUGGGAGUGACAGUUGGCAGUAUUCCUGAUACUACGACAGGUGUAGCAGAUGGAGGGGACUCUUGGAGGAGAAGAGGGAGAAGUCGUGACAGAGUUCAAAACAAUCAAAGGAACAGACAUGUUAGUGUCAGUGACUUUAGCUCCCAGACAGAGUGUGGUUACGUAACCAUCAAGGAAGAGGAACUUAUUCAGCUGGGGGAAUAUUUAAAGGAGGCGCUGUGGAGAGAGGACACCCUAAAGCAGAAGCUGGUACUGCUGCAGAAGGAAACCUCCACCCUACUGACCUACUGUGACACACUGUGGAGGGCAUACUUCAAGGAAGACCUGCUGAAAUGUAAGAUCGGAGCUCUUGAGUCUCAGCUACAGGUGUGCUCCCAGAGGUUCUCUAGAGACGAGGGGAAGCGGCUGCUGAUGCUGAUGGAGGAGCAGUUCCGGCUGGAGGAGGAAAGGGCGGUGGCCAGCCUGCAGCGCGCCUCCCAGGACAGAGCACGUGCCCUGGAGAAGGUGGCCUGCCUAGAGAGGGCACUGGAGCGAGCGCAGGAGGAGUCCAGCCACUGGCAGCAGCUUCAUGAGGAGCAGGUGCCAUCGUGUAACCAGCUGAGGCUCUCCUUACAGCAGACAUCUGACCAGAUGCUCAGCCUGCAGAGCCAGAUGGAGAAGUCUGCCCUCCAUGAGGUUCGGCUGCAGGAGCAGCUGCAGCAGCUUCAGGACCAGUACGACCUCCUGUGUGACGCCAGCAGCCCCCUGGAGCAGGACCAGCCCUGUGCACAGCAGAGGACAGAUCACAACUCAGCUGCCCCAGUUUCAGAACAGCACUGCACAGACCAAGUUCAUCACCAUACAGUCAAGCAGAUCUCCACAGUAAGAGCAGAGCUGCCCACCACCACAGAUCACAACUCACAGCCAGGGGUCCAAACCGUACAGUCGGACACAGCUCGAAAGAAGAGGGGAAUGAGGCGCCACAUCCUACGGGCUGGCUGCUGUCUACUGCUACUUCUCCUCUUCCUGGUUGCCAUGGCGCUCUUGUGGUUUCAUCAUCCAAUGAACAAAGAGGAGCUGGACCAGCUCUACCUCAUCAUGGAGGACUUUGCUGAAAGAUGCCUCCAAGAAAUGACUUCCCCAGAUUAUCCAAAGUGCUUUAAACCCAUAUGACGAAGCAGUUCUGUUUUUUAAAAUUAAAGUUUACUUGCUUUCAGUAUUUUAAUGGUACAGAUACAGCCUUAAAGUUAUCAUGCACUGACUUAUGUUGACAUCCUUCUGUAACAUUUGAACGUUCACUUCUGUGUUGUUCAUAUUAAAACCUUCAAUAUUUUUCAA